AUGGUUCGGUCAUACCAAGCAACAACGUUCUCUUCAGCACCUUACUUCGAUGAUCGAGGACCUUCCGGUCAUGCCGAACCAAUCACAGAACGCGUCAAUCCACAUUCUCGUCCCAUAGUAUCGUAUUACUUUCCGAAAGGAGUAGGCGCACAACAUUAUGGAGAGCGACAUCCAAUGAAGCCGCAUAGGUUGACUCUCACAAAUACCCUUGUGAUGGGGUACGGCCUAGACAAACAAAUCCAUCACAUAUAUAACCCACGACCCGCCACCCAGGCUGAGUUAGAAGCCUAUCACGACCAUGAUUAUAUCGACUUCCUCUCCAGAGUCACCCCACAAAACCAGGCGGACAUGAAGCAUCUGAUAGACACAUUCAACUGCGUUGAGGAUUGUCCUGUUUUCUCCGACAUGUACGAAUUCUGUCGCAUGUACGCCGGCGCAUCCUUGGCAGCAGCAAGAAAGCUCUGCGCGGGAACCACUGACAUAGCGAUCAAUUGGUCCGGUGGACUUCACCACGCGAAGAAAGGCGAGGCCAGUGGCUUCUGCUACGUCAACGACAUUGUGCUGGCCGUACUAGAACUUCUGAGGUACCACCCUCGGGUUCUCUACAUCGAUAUCGACAUCCAUCAUGGCGACGGUGUAGAGUUCGCCUUCUACCACACCAACCGGGUGAUGACGGUCUCCUUCCACAAAUAUACUGGAGACUUCUUCCCAGGUACCGGAAAACUGGAUGACAACGACGGCAUCGACGACAACAUGUAUCUCACAAUAUUCAAGACGGUGAUCGAAGACACCGUCACUGCAUUCCGGCCGACAGCGAUAGUCCUGCAAUGCGGUGCGGACUCCCUGGGCUGCGAUCGGCUAGCCCACGGCGAAUGCGUCAACUUCGUCCGCAAGUUCAACGUCCCGCUCCUCGUCGUAGGCGGUGGUGGCUACACCAUCAAGAACGUGAGCCGCUGCUGGACGUACGAAACCUCGGUCCUCGUCGGCGCGUCCAUCCCGGACGAGCUCCCUGCGACGAUCUACGACUCGUUCUUCCGGGAGUCUCAGUGGAAGCUCCACCCGCCACUCACAGGUAAGGUCGAAAAUCAUAACACGGCGGCUUCCCUUCAGCGCAUCACGAUCGCGAUCCGGAACAAGCUGCGGUACCUCCAAGGUGCUCCUAGCGUUGCGAUGCAGGAGAUCCCACCGGAUCUUGCGGGCUGGCUAGAGGACGAGGCGCGGACACGAGAGGAAAAAGAGGAAGAGCGGGGAACCGCACAGGCGGGAGAGACACGAGUGGAUCGCUCUGUGUUGCGCAACGAGUUCUUCGAUGGGGACAAGGACAAUGAUGCCGAUGAAGCGGACGACGAGCCCGUGGUGAAGAAGACUGCCGCCCGCAAGCCAAGGACGAGUACGGGUAGGCGGGCCAGAGGAAAGGGGAGGGCUAGAGGGGCAGCAACGUCACGUAGUGCGGCAGCAGCUGAAGACGGCGAGGACGAGGAUGACGAGGAUGAAGCGCCUGCACCUGUGCGGCGGACAGCCAGGCCUCGAGGUCGGGGCAGGGGUCGUGGGCGCGGGCGGGGACGCACAAGGGCUCAAGCUCAGGAGAGGGACACCGAGACGGAGAGCACACAGCUUGAGGGGGACUCCGUGCUGGACACUGAGACAGACCAGGCGCCGCAAGACCUCAAUGUCGUUUGA